UCCAUUCGAACCACAAAUCUUGUCUACCAGCCACAUCUUUUGGGUUGGGACAGACACAACUGAUCCUAUGAAAAAAAUUCCCUUGUUGACACCGAAUCCUUAUCAAAAUUCGUUCCUUCACCCAGGUGAGCAGACCAACACUGUUACAUGAUUCAAAAGCAGAGGACUUUGGUGAAGAAGAAGGGAAUGGAAUGAGGACAGUUUACUAUAUUUUAUAAAAGCAAGAAAAGACAAGAAGUACAAGCCAACGGAAAAAGUAGGAGUGACUCAGUGAGGCAGCUUGACAGUUUCGACGGAAAUGUUAGCGGAUGAACCGGAAUCGGGUGUCUCAAACUUCGAUCUUCCCGAGGAGGUGCUGCAAGCUCUGCCAACGGAUCCUUUUGAGCAGCUUGACGUGGCCCGCAGGAUUACUUCCAUUGCCCUCUCGACGCGUGUCAACGCCCUCGAAUCAGAAGCCUCCGCCCUUCGCGCCAAGCUCGCCGAGAAAGAUUCUCUCAUCGCCGAGCUUCAGUCCCACGUCGAAUCCCUCGACGCCUCCCUCUCCGAAACCGCUGAUAAGCUCGUCCGAGCCGACCAAGAUAAAGAGAGCUUGCUUAAGGAUAACGCUUUGCUUUCUAAUACCGUGAAAAAGCUCAAUCGAGAUGUCUCCAAGUUGGAGGUUUUCAGAAGGACGCUUAUGCAAUCGCUUCAAGAGGAUGAAGAAAAUUCUGGAGGAGCAUCGGAUAUUGUUGCUAAAAUACAAAGUCAAAAUAGUCUGACUUCCGCAUCGCUUGGAGAUGAUGAUGCCUCGUUACCACCUUCUAGAACUUCUUCCAUGAGAACCAAUAUCUCUGAUACAGGAUAUUCAUUUGCUGAAGAUCGUGAGGCUGAUGCAACUAGACCUCGAGUAUCACAUGGUGUCCUCUUAGCAUCCCAAGCUAGCACUCCUCGGAUAACUCCUCCUGGUUCUCCCCCCAGUUUAUCUGCAUCAGUAUCACCAACAAGAACAUCUAAACCUGUGUCACCAAGGAGACAUUCGAUUUCAUUUUCAACUUCUUUGUCCUCGGGUCAAGGUUCAUUGUCAAGCUCUGACACAGCAUCGCAAACUGGACGAACAAGGGUGGAUGGGAAGGAGUUCUUUCGCCAAGUCAGGAGCCGUUUGUCUUAUGAGCAGUUUGGUGCAUUCCUAGCCAAUGUUAAGGAACUGAAUUCCCAUAAACAAACCAAAGAGGAGACACUGCGAAAAGCUGAUGAGAUAUUUGGGCCGGAAAACAAGGACCUCUAUGCUAUAUUUGAGGGAUUGAUUACUCGCAACGUUCAUUGACGACAUUGCCAGAGGAAGUUUCAAUUUCAGAAUCUGUAAACAAGUGAUGAUGCUUACUGUACUCUGUCUCGUUUAGUAUUUUUCCCCUUAGUGUAAAUCACAUGUUCAAUGUGGUGUGAUAAACUAUUCUUUGAAUAUGAGGAAUGCCUUUUGUUGUGCGGCCAUUGGUUUUCUCGAUAAUAGUGAAGAAGCAGUUUACAUUCUGUAUUAUGUAUUAAGAUGAUGAUGAUAAUAAUACGUGAGCAUCGUCUUCAUAAAUA